UUGUCAUUUUGGCACUGCUGAUUUUCUGUUGGGUGGCUAAGUGCCAACUGGUAUCAAAGUAUUAUGUCGAUGGUAUAGAAUAAAAACCAUAAAAGUAUUGGAAAGUAAGCGUAAAGAAUUGGUAUAGUUAUUGAAUGCAUAUUGGUGAAUUUGAAAUGCAAUUUACUAUAAAUUUACUUUGAUUGCAAAUGUUUUAAAACAUUGUAUUCUUGUUAAAACCAAUAACUUGUUCAAAAUGAGCCUGGUUGGAAAGAAGUGUGAAUCAAUAACGCUUCUUGAAUCAAACAGGGAGGAAAUUUUGAGUCAAGUAACGCCAGAUGAUGUUCUUAAGUUAGAUAAAAUUACGGAGACAUAUUUAUGUAGCCCUGAAGCGAAUGUAUACGAUAUAGAUUUUACGAGAUUUAAAAUAAGGGAUUUGGAAACGGGAACGGUCUUGUUUGAGAUUGCGAAGCCUCCAACAGAUUUUGGGGUAGAUAAUGAGGGUGCGGAGGAUGGAUCUGAAGAACCACUCGAUCCUAAUGCGGGAAGAUUUGUCCGGUAUCAAUUUACACCUCAAUUUCUAAAAUUACGAACUGUUGGUGCUACGGUUGAGUUCACUGUUGGUGCAAGACCAGUUAACCAUUUUAGAAUGAUUGAAAAGCAUUUUUUUAGAGACACUUUACUGAAGACAUUUGAUUUUGAAUUUGGAUUCUGUAUUCCAUUUUCAAAAAAUACUUGUGAACAUAUAUAUGAAUUUCCAACAUUGCCUCCAGAUCUUGUUGAAGAAAUGAUUGCAGCUCCUUUUGAAACAUGUUCUGACAGCUUUUAUUUUGUUGACAACCAUCUUGUGAUGCACAAUAAAGCCGACUAUGCCUAUAAUGGAGGUAUAAACAUAUGAAAUAUUUUGUCAUAAAUUUUUAACUCGGCACUAAAAUGUACUAUUGUACUAUAUAGUCACUAUUGUUUUCAAAGUGUGAUAUUUUAAAAAAUGAAAAUGGUAAAAAGGCUUUUGGUUUGUGUUUUAUGAGAAGGGAUGUAAAAGCAAACAUAGUUCUUAUUUAUUUUAGUAUUUUUAAUUUCAGAAACAAUACAUUUUUAUGUAUUGUUUUUAGCAACAAUAAUGAUAUUGUCAAAAUCUCAAAUAGAUAUAAGUAUAUAACAUUCCAUCAAUAUGUAUAAGUAACAAAAUUGGUUGUUAUGUAGUAGAUGUGUUCAUAAUAUUUAUUAAACAUGUAAUAACAUAAAAAAAUUAUGAAUAAUGUAACUGAUAUCCGUGUUUAAAUACUUUAUGCAUUUAUUUUAUUUUGUAUUACCUAAUUGUAUGUAUAAUUCGUCAUUUAUGAUUAAUUUCAAUUGGAAAUAGAAAUCUAUGAGAAUUCUGAAAUGUGAAAAAGAAGCCUAUAAAAAUAUGAGUGUAACUUAUUUCCACUAAAUGUUUUGAGUCACUAGAGUUGUUCUUUCUCACACUUAAGCACUUAAGUUUGCCACUUUUGAAACACCAUUUAUAUUAAUUUAGAUUUUAAGCAAGAACUUUAUACUAUAAGUUAUCUAGUCAUUUUGAUGUUUCUGCUUUAUAUGUAUGAUUAUAAGAGAUGAGAAGGUGUAUAUGCAAAUGUGUGAUUAAGUACAGGGAGUGAGAAUAAUGUGAAAAACAAAUUCUCGGUAUUUUUCUCGUCUGUAUAAUGUAUUUGAAUAAACAAAAGGAAGAAAUUGAAUACACUACAUUUACAUUGUCUUUACUUGGUUCUUAAUUUCUUCCCUCCUAAAAAAAAUUAUAUUUAUUGCUAAUCUUUAUGGAAGCACAUAAUGAUUUAAUAUUGUAAUGUAUGUGAAACUUUACUACUUACAUAAUAGAAUUAUAUUUUGUAACUCAGAGAUUGAUUUUAAUGACAAUGGGUACAGCAUUGCUUACCUUGUUAAGUAUGAAAAAUGAAUUUGCCUUAGAUUGGCAGUAAAAAGAAUAAUUUGUACUUUGUUUUUAAAUCUUUUUAAAACAUUGUUGAUUUCAUUUUUUUUUGCUUAUACUUUUGAUGCACGGCAAGAUUAAAUAUAUAAAAAAACUAAGGCCCGAUUGAUCACAAAAUGCCGUCCAUCGGCUUGUCUAUCAAGUCAUGCUUUAAAUAUUCACAAUGAAAAUGUGUUCAAUCCUUAUUUGUUUAACUAUUUAAUUAUAAAUAAUUUCAAUAUUUAAUGUUGAAGUUCAGAUGUAUUGAGGAAUCGAUGUUCACUUUGAAAGUAGAACAUAAUGAAGCUUGUAAUGUUAGAGGGUAUAAAAUUAAAAUAAAAAAAUCCAAUGAA